AUGGGUAUGCUGACUCGUGUCCUUGAAACUCAAUCUACGGCUCGUGAAGCUUGGUGUCACAUUCAAACCAUAUUCCUCAACAAUAAAGGUUUAAGGGUUGCAGCCCUUGAACACGAGUUCAACAAUCUCACUCUGAAAUCCAUGCCAUCCCUCGAAGCAUAUUGUCAAAAGGUUAAGGAACUAGGUGACAGACUCAAUGAUGUGGACUGCCCUGUCAACAAUCAACGAUUAGUUCUUCAAUUAGUUUGUGGAUUACGUGCUGAGUAUGAUACGACAACGGCCUACAUUAAUCAGACUCUUCCCACGUGGGAGACGGUUGUGAGUAAGCUGGAACUCGAACACCAAAGGCAGACAGCCCGUGAGACCUUGUCCCCACCCACAGCCAUGGAUGCUGUGCAUUCUGCUCCAUCUACUCAACUCAAUCGCCGACGCCAAGGCAACAACCCAAUGGCAAGCAACCCAAUUCUCUGCAGAGUAGUUCUUCCUCUGCCCCAAGGCGCAACCAAUUGA